AAAGGGCGRCAAUAMAAUAUCACUYGCACUGCAGCCACUGCGAGGAAAAGAAUCAAAACACCAAUUGAUCAUGGCGAUCUCAAGGAAUGCGUCCGACUACCCGGGGGCAACACUCGAAGCAUUCGAGAUCGGUGAAACAGAAUACGUUUUCGAAAGCGACUACAAGCUCGAGAAGGAACUCCGAUCGGGAAGUUUCGGCACUGUAUACACCACUCACCACYGGAAAACSCGUGAAGAGUUUGCCGUCAAGGUCAUCGACCGAACCAAACUAAAAGAGAAAGACGACAUUGCCACAUUUCGCGAAAUUGGCAUCAUGAAGGAUUUGAUUGGUGUCGAAAACAUUGUCAAGCUGAUCGAUGUCUACAUAAUUCCAGAAACGUUUUACAUAGUGCAAUUCUAUGCAAAGGGAGGAGAUGUUUUUGACCGACUGGCGAGACGGGUUUCUUAUUCGGAGAUGGAUGCGCGGGCCUUAUCGGCCAUCCUAAUGGAGACCAUGAUGCACAUGCACAAGAGAAAUAUCUGCCAUCGAGAYAUGAAACCAGAAAAUCUCCUUUUAAAAAGUUCGCAUAAUGAUUCCACUAUAUUGGUCGCUGAUUUUGGUUUUGCCAAGUAUGUUCCGAAGGAGGGGCUCAAAACGAGAUGUGGAACACCGGCAUUCGUGGCUCCGGAAAUUCUGGUUGGAAAACGGUACAAUACGCAAGUGGAUAUGUGGAGUGUUGGUUGUCUGAUAUAUAUGCUGCUCGGUGGGUACCCUCCGUUCAAGGAYGAGACCCACAGAGGUUUGUUUCGAAAAAUCCGUGGAUGUAAUUACUCCUUCCACCAAGCCUUCUGGAGUAAUGUGAGUCUACAGGCGAAACAACUCAUUACACAACUCUUGACGGUUGAUCCCAACGACAGACUGAAUGCCUAUGAAUCCCUAUCYGCUGCGUGGUUUCAGGAGGACACCCGAAGAUUGUCGGCUCGAGAUUUGUCUGGGAGUAUCCGGGAAMUCCAGAAGUUCAAUGCGAAACGCACUAUCAAAUCGGCCGUUGAGAAAGUUGCAGCUGCCUUUCAUGUCGAAAAGAUUUCGGAUCUUUUGAAAGAGACAGAUAAGCACGUGGAAGAAGAGCAAGAAAAUGUGGAGGUGUCGCUCAGCGGAACCGUUACACAGCCCCCGGCGAUACACAAGCUCAACUUGUCCCUUACAAAAAAGAAAACAUUCGACCAGCUAUAUGAAGUCAAAGACAAAAUCCAUCGUGGCUCGGCAGGUGUCGUCAAGAAGUGCUAUUCUAAKGUUUAUAUGAAAGAUUUUGCUGUGAAGAUCAUUGAGAGAGAUGAUGAAACCGACGAGCAAGUUCUUCUAGAGGUAAAUAUCAUGAAUCAACUUCAUCAUGAAAACUUGGUUGGCGUCGUAGAUUUUUUCGAGGAGGAGGAUUACUACUAUAUUGUGAUGGAGCUCAUGGCUGGAGGGGACGUCUUUGAUCGGAUAAUCGAGUUGAACAACUACACAGAGAAAGAUGCCCGUGAUCUGGCCAAGAUGUUAUUGGAGGCCGUUCGCUACAUGCACGAGAACGGGGUUGUUCACAGAGACAUAAAGCCUCAGAAUAUAUUGCUCGAGACGAAAGAUAGCAACUGCGUCAUCAAAGUUGGUGACUUUGGCUUUGCCAAGCGGUUCUACACACCUAAAUCUUUGGUCUCGAGAUGCGGAACACCCAGCUACGUGGCACCUGAAAUUCUCAAAAACCAGCCCUACGAUGAAUCGUGCGAUAUGUGGUCUGUCGGCGUGGUCUUGUACGUUAUGCUCUGCGGAUAUACCCCGUUUAUGGAGGAUACCCAAGAAGAGAUGUUCAAACGCAUUAUAGCAGGAGAUUACAUAUUUGAUCCGGAGGACUGGUCCCAUGUUUCAACUGAKGCAAAAGAACUGAUCCAGGGCUGUAUGAAUACUAACGUCGACAAGCGGCUGACGGCGCAGCAGGCACUUCAAUCCCGAUGGAUCACUGGUGUCUCGGACAAUGAGUUGUCGAGUCGAAGCUUAAAGUCAACCAUGCGGCUCAUAAAAGACAAGAAUUUCCGGCUGACAGACUUGACGGACACCUUCAAAACAUUUACAACCAAGGCCAAGACCGAAUUCCAAAAUGCGAUCGAGAAUUCCCGCAAAGUCACGGAAAUUGUUGGCGAGUCUGCCGUAUCUAUCAUCCGUCCUCGUUCUAAGAAUGAUGUCAAAUAAUUGAUAAUACCGUACGAAGUAUAAUUCUAGAAUGAUGAUUAGAUASUACUACAUAUUUGGUUCCGCAAUAAAUUAAAAAUUGUAAU